AUGACGGAGUUCCGAGCAGUUUUAUCGGACUGCCACCUGAGAGAUUUGGGUUAUGAAGGGGCCCCUUUUACUUGGAGUAACCGUAGGGGAGAGGAGGGUUUAGUGAAGGAAAGGUUAGAUAGAUUCCUUGCCAACUCUUGGUGGUGUGAAAUUUAUCUAAAUCUUCGAGUUUCACAUGGUGUUGCAGCUUAUUCUGAUCACAUCCCGUUAUGGUUGGAUACUGAAGGGGCUUUGUUUAGAAGGAGGAACAGGAGGCUGUUUAGAUUUGAGGCUAUGUGGGUGGGAGAAAAGGAAUGUUCUUCGAUUAUUGAGAGGGCUUGGUGUCAGAGAAAUGGUUCUAUCUCUUUGGAUCAGAUUAUGGGAAGGAUUUCUCGCUGUGCUAUUGAGUUAGGUCGAUGGAACAAGACUUCUUUUGGCCAUGUGCAGAAGAAUUUAGCUAAUGCAAAACGGAAGUUGCAAUGUUUAGAAGCGAAUGACUCGGGAUCACUUUCUCUAGAGGAACAUAAGCAAGCUUGCCUUGAGGUUCAAAAAUGGCUUGAAAGGGAUGAAUUAAUGUGGAAGCAAAGAUCUCGAGUAAAGUGGCUUAGAGAAGGGGAUUGUAAUUCUCGGUAUUUUCAUUCUAAGGCUUCUACUAGAAGAAGAAAGAACAGUAUUAUGCAGUUGCAAGAUGAAUCUGGUUGUUGGCAAAAAGGGGAUCAGAUGGAUGCUUUAAUUACUGAAUACUUUCAGAAUCUGUUCACUGCUGCCGAUUGGGUGGAUAUGGGGGAUAUUCUUUCGGGUGUUGAGGCUAGAGUCACAGCUGAGAUGAACGAGGACCUGCUAAAACCUUAUGUUGCUGAGGAGGUUGAGUUAGCUUUAAAACAGAUGCAUCCCUCUAAGGCCCCUGGGCCUAAUGGUAUGUCCCCUCUUUUCUUUCAGAAAUAUUGGGGUGUGAUAGGUAAUUCUAUCACCACUGCUUUACUUUCAGCUUUGAAUUCUGGCAUGUUUCCUAAAGGUUUAAACCAUACUUUCAUUACUUUAAUUCCAAAGAAAGUUUCUCCUUCAAAGGUAGCAGAUUUUCGCCCUAUUAGCCUGUGUAAUGUGCUAUAUAAGAUUCUCUCUAAAGUUAUUGCAAAUAGACUUAAGAGGAUUUUGCCGGAUGUCAUCUCUGAUUCUCAAAGUGCAUUUGUUCCUGGUAGACAGAUUUCUGAUAAUGUUCUUAUUGCAUAUGAGUUACUACAUUUUCUUCGUACUAAGCGAAAGGGUCGGAAGGGGUUUAUGUCUCUCAAACUUGAUAUGAGUAAAGCAUACGAUAGGGUGGAAUGGAUGUUUCUAGAAAAGAUUAUGGAGUCCCUUGGCUUUGAUAAGAAACUGAUUUCUUUAGUUAUGCUCUGUGUUAGAACAGUUUCUUUUUCUGUUUUAGUCAAUGGAAAUCCUAAAGGCCCUAUUAUUCCUUCUAGGGGUCUUAGGCAAGGGGAUCCGUUAUCACCUUAUUUGUUUCUCUUGUGCACGGAAGGUCUUAUUUCAUUGCUGAAAAGGAAUGUGGGUCGAGAAGGGGUGGAUGGGAUAAGGAUUUGUAGAGGUGCUCCUAGAAUUAAUCACUUGCUGUUUGCGGAUGAUAGUGUCUUUUUUUGUAAAGCUGAUGUGAGUACAAAUAUGAAGAUCCAAUGUUUGUUGAGUAAGUAUGAGAGAGCUUCGGGCCAAUGUAUCAAUAAGGAAAAAACUUCUAUGGUCUUUAGCAAAAAUGUGAAAGAUGACCUGAAAAGAGAUAUUAUGCAGUUGUGGGGUGGUAGUUUUACACAGCAAUAUGAGAAGUAUUUAGGGCUGCCACCAAUGGUAGGGCGGUCAAAAAAACAAGCUUUUUCUGAUAUAAAAAAGAGAGUGUGGCAGAAGUUACAGGCAUGGAAGGGGAAUUUGUUAUCUCAAGGGGGUAGGGAAGUGCUUAUAAAAGCUGUUGCUAUGUCUAUCCCUACUUAUGCCAUGAGUUGUUUUUUGUUUCCUAAAACGUUGUGUCAUGAGCUAGAGAUGAUGAUGGCAAAAUUUUGGUGGGGUGAUCAAUCUCAGGAAAACAAAAUACAUUGGUGUAGUUGGGAGAAGUUGUGUGUUUCAAAAUUCCAAGGAAGGAUGGGUUUUCGGGAUCUACAUCUUUUUAAUUUAGCUCUUUUGGCAAAACAAGGGUGGAGGCUUUUAAGAAAUGAGGAUUCUCUUCUUUACAAAGUUUAUAAAGCCAAGUACUUUCCGAGUUCAAGCUUGUUUGAAGCCAAAGCGGGUGCUAAUUCAUCUUAUGUUUGGAAAGGAAUUUUGGAAGCGCUUGAUUGUUUGAGAAAAGGGUGUAGGUGGCGUGUGGGGAAUGGGCAAACUAUUCGUAUCUUUAAGGAUCCAUGGUUACCGGAAGGUGUAAGUGUUUCAGCUUUGAUUGAGGUUGAUGAGAACCUAAAAGUUAAUUCUUUGAUAGAUGCAAAUACAGGUUGGUGGAAUGUUCAUAUGAUGAGAGCUCUAUUCAAUCCAAAUCUCAUUCAACAGAUUUUAAAACUACAUAUUUCUGUAAAUUCUGAAGACUCUUUGUAUUGGAGUCAUGAAAAGAAUGGUAGUUUUUCUGUAAAGAGUGCAUAUCGAUUUAUUCAACAGCAUCACCAUCUUUUAUAUGGGCAGUCUUCUAGUGGCAGUUCUGAAGCUGUGUUUUGGAAGUCUUUAUGGCAUCUGAAACUCCCAAAAAAGAUGAAGAUUUUUGCAUGGAGGGCAUGCCAGGAGAAGCUUCCAACCUAUCUGAAUCUGAAGAAGAGACAUGUUUUGGAUGAUGCAACCUGUGUACUGUGUAAUCAAGGUAUGGAAGAUGCUGCACAUGCUCUAAGGAAUAAACAGCUUUAUGAGAAUAUUUCUAUGCCUUUUAAUGUGACUGUCAAUAAUGCACUUGCUUUAGAAAAAGAAUAUGAACAGGUGCACCUGUUUGAUGCUUCGAAUCCGAAGAUUAGCAAGGUGGUAAGAUGGCAUCCUCCUCCAUCUGAUUUUCUGAAAUUGAACAUUGAUGGGGCCACUUUUCCUGAACUUUCUGUAGCUGGGGUUGGAGUGGUCUUGAGGAAUCAUAAGGGGGAGGUUAUUGUUGCUUGUUCAAAGGUAGAGAAAGAGGUCUCCUCUGCUGAGUUCAUUGAGGCAGUUGCACUCCUUAGAGGUUUACAGUUGUGUGUUCAAUGGGGUAUACCAAAGCUUAUGCUUGAAACGGACUGUUUGAUUUUGGUUAAUGCCUUGAAUGGAAAUUCUGAAUGUUUAACAGAUUUUGCUUUUAUUCUUCAAGACAUACGAAGACUAAUGGCGGCAUUUCAAGAAGUUAAAGUGGUACAUGUCAACCAUUUAGGCAAUCAGGUGGCUCAUCUUCUAGCAAGACAUGCUUGGUUGAUUGAUGAUAUUUGUAUGUGGUGGGACUUUUGUCCUUCUUUUGUUAGUCAAGCUAUAUGGCUUGAUCAACUUGAUAUUUGUAAGGAUCUUUGA